AUGCGCAGUCAGUCAGGUCCCGCUGCCACUCGGCCCCGCCCUCAGAGACACCGAGCUCCGAGAGCCGCUGCCGUGCUGAAAAUCUGGGGUCGUGGACCCCGGCCAAGACUCAGCAGCACGGAGGUGCCGGGUGUCGCCGAGGGCGCGGGGCCGGGCUCCGGAGGCGGCGUGCCCUGCCCCGGGGCCCCCGCCCCUGCUGCAGCCGCGGCCCUGGCUGCUGCCCCCAUCGCGGCCCCGGCUUCUCAGUUCACUCUGCUGGUGAUGCACCCAUGUGGAGGGCAGGACGAGGCCUCCGCGGAGAGCGUCCUGCGGCAGGCCCCGCUCCCGUCGGGCAGCGUCGGAGUGGGACAGCCGGUUGGGUACCCGUGUGAAGUGUCAGGGGAUGCUGAGGAGGACGCAGGGGAGGAUGAAGCGGACCUGUUGGACACUUCGGACCCCCCAGGGGGAGGCGAGAGCACAGCCAGCUUGGAGGAUCUGGAGGACGAGGAGACACACUCAGGGGGCGAGAGCUGCAGCGGGGGAACCCGGAGACGGGGCAGCGGCGGGGGCAACAUGAGCAAGACUUGUACCUACGAGGGCUGCAAUGAGACCACGAGCCAAGUGGCCAAACAGCGGAAGCCGUGGAUGUGCAAGAAACACCGCAACAAGAUGUACAAGGACAAGUACAAAAAGAAGAAAAGCGACCAGGCCCUGAAUUGUGGUGGGGCCACCUCAUCUGGCAGCGCGGGAAACGUCAAACUGGAGGAAAGUCCAGACAAUAUACUCUCUAUUGUCAAACAAAGAACAGGAUCUUUUGGGGAUCGUCCUGCAAGACCUACUCUUUUAGAACAAGUGUUAAAUCAGAAAAGACUGUCAUUACUAAGAAGUCCAGAAGUAGUGCAGUUUUUGCAGAAGCAGCAGCAGCUAUUAAAUCAGCAAGUUUUGGAGCAAAGACAGCAGCAGUUUCCAGGAGCAUCUGUGUGAGGAAACUUAUCAGGAUCCUCAACAUGUUUUUCUCUUACUGUAAUAGAUGAACAUAUUUUUAUACUAAAGAUAAUUGGGUAAGAUAUGCCAGUAGAAUAUAAACAUUUUCCUGUAAAUGUAUGUGUGCAUUUUGGGAUAAAUAAGUACUGCACUUUUUGCAUCCUUUCAGAUGAACAUGAGUUUGAAAAUAUCAGUUUAUCUCCCCAGAGUAGCAUUUAAUCAAAAGUUUUUCUAAAAGUAUGUUCCACUUCAGUCAUUGUUACUGAAGAUAAUGAAGCCAGUUACUUUCUGUGCAAGUCAUGAAGUUAUCAGGUAAUAAUCUUGGAAUAUCUAACUCUGUGGUUCUCAUCAAAAGGUAGUUGGACAUAUGUUUUUUAGGUUGUCAUAGUGGACUUAAAUUGCUGGUUUUUAGUGAGUGGGCCAAGAAUGCUGAAUGUUUUGCAGUGUCUGGAUAGUCCCACACAACUAAAAAUUAUCUUACCAGCAAUGCUAAUGAUGUUUCUCUUAAGAAACACUUAAGAUAGCUAGUUGUAAAGAUAUGAUGUAGUUAGAGCACCUAGAAUUGGGUUCUGACAAUAAUCUUUCUUUGCAGUUAAGAUUGGAGCUGACAGAGAGGUAAGCAUGUUUUAUACGUCUAAGGAAAGUUAUCAUUGAUCAUUAUUUGUCUGUGCGAUUAAGAGAUAUGCUGGUGGGCUGGGGUUGUGGCUCAGCGGUAGAACACUUGCCUAGCACGUGCAAGGC